AUGUCUUCCAAAGCUGCGCAACAAGAUAGUUUCAAGGAGGGGUUGCUAAGGUUAAAGGAUGAUCUCCUCAGGUUUGAAGAAAGAAUGAAGACACUCCUUAUUGCUUCUCUACGUGACGUGAAAAGCUUCAUGAAGUGGCAGCCUCCGACUCCGAGGAUAAGAUUUCAAUGGCAAAUGGCAAUGGUCAUUCAACUCUGGUUCGUUCUCAAUCUCAAGAAAACCAAGAGAAGCUACACCUAG